AUGGAGAGGCUGUUAAAAUCUCAGGGCCAAUGGACGCAGCCUGGAUUUCAAAGAACCAUGGUGAAGAUCUGCACCUACAAUCCACGUACACUUGCAUCCGAGUCUUCGAUGGAAGACUCGCUCGUACAGGCAAGAAGGAUAAAGCACGACGUCAUCGGCCUGGCUGAAACGAGACGACGCCAGCCUUUCAAAGCCGUCUAUGACAGUGGAGAAAAACUGCUCCUCGGAACGGAACAUGCGACAGUAGAGAAGUCGGCGGCGUUGGCCUUUUCCUCAACAUGA